AUGCACCAAUACCGACGAUUCAUCCUCCUUCUUCUGCUAAAGUCCGUCUUCUCCUUCGUUUCUGCCACUACUAGCGGCAAAUUCUCGACAUGGAUGACCACGAGCAUUAUCAUUCGUUCUCAAGGUAUUGCUAGUACAGGCCUAGGCGGGUCAUCUGAACUUCUCCAAGCAGGGUUCGUUCAGAAGACCUUCCGUCGUCUCCUGGAAUCCGGAGGUAACAUCAACGACUCGCGUUCUCAGCUUAUAGCGGAAUACAUCACGAAGAGUGUAGAUUCCAUCGUGCCCAGGGUAUCGAACGCUACAGAAGACGCCUUGACAUACCCAUUGGAUAGAUUGUCGAAUGGGAAUAACCUCAUCGCUCUCUACAACGAAACCGGGAACUCCAGCUAUCUGGAAGCCGUACAAGCCUUGCGCAAAUCGGUAGAUUUACAGAGGCGAAACCGUGAGGAUGGGUUGUGGUAUUACUACGUUUAUCCGGAAUGGUCAUACCUUGACGGAAUGUACUCGUUCGCACCAUUCCACCUCGCCUAUGCCCUCAAUCAAUCCGAAAGUGACGCAGAAAACAUGGUGGAAGAUGUUCUCCACCAAUUCAGCCUGUUGUGGGACCACUGCUACAAUGAGGAGACUGGCCUUCUUGUCCAUGGGUAUGACGAGUCGCUUACAGCGGUUUGGGUCAAUCAGAACGACCCGAAGAAGACAGGAGCGAGUCCGCAUGUUUGGGGAAGAAGUCUCGGGUGGAUGAUGAUGACCAUUGUGGAUUCCCUCGAGUUCAUAUCAUCCUCGUUGUCGUUCAACUCGUCUCUUUCCUCCCCUGAAUUCCCAACCGCCUCUCUAGAGAAACUCCAUGGAUUUCUCCUCCACAGAUUCCAAUCACUAUCUGCGGCCAUCCUUGCUGUGGCUGACAACACAACGGGCGGCUGGUUUCAGGUGGUUGAGGAGCCUUAUAGAGAAGGGAAUUAUAUCGAGAGUAGCGCAAGCGCCAUGUUUGUUUAUUCGCUUUUGAAAGGAGUCAGGCUCGGCUUCCUCGCAGAUUCCGACGGUCCGGAGGGGCGGGUAUACAUCGCAGCGGCGCAGAAGGCGUACCGCUAUAUCCUUGCCACCUUCGUCGUACGAAACGAGACGGAUGGAACGCUGGGUUACAACGGGACGGUAUCGGUAUGCAGCCUGAAUUCGACUGCUUCGUUUGAGUACUAUGUCAAUCAACCGAUUUCCUACAAUAGCGUGUUGGGAUCAGCAGCGUUCAUAUUGGCUUCGCUUGAGUAUGAGACGCUGAACUGAUGAGAUGCAGGACAGGCAGCUCGCAUAAUAUAGAUCAGUGAACACUGAUUGAUUUACACAUUUAUACACGAGACAACCGCGAUACUAGACCUUUAACACCAG